GGCGAGGAGAGCGGAAGUGGGCGUCCUAGAGCGUCCCGGCGGGAGGAGAGGCGGCGGAGGCGGCAUCGGGGGCUGCGAUGGGGGCCCACCUGGCGCGGCGCUACCUGUGGGACGCGGAGGUGGAGCCGGACCCGCUGAAGAUGCCCACCUUCGACCCCCUCUACGGCUUCCCCGAGCGCAAGGAACGCGUGAUGAUAGCAACACAGCAGCAGAUGAAUGAUGCUCAGCUUCCUGUGGAGCAGCGAGAUUAUUGUGCCCAUUAUCUUAUUAAAUUGAUGAAAUGCAAACGUGACAAAUUUCCUAAUAUCUUCGGAUGCAAGCAUGAACGUCACGACUGGGAUUACUGUGAGCACCAGGACUAUGUCAUGCGCAUGAAGGAAUUUGAACGUGAGCGACGUUUGUUGGUUAGGAAGAAGCGAAUUGAAGAGAAGAGAAGAGCAGAAGCAUCCUAAUUGGCUUUGGUGGGCCUCCAGGCUCUGUUUAUAAGAAGCCUGUAGAAUCCUCUGGUUUGUUAUGCCAAUCGUAAUAAAGACAUUAUCCUAUG